CCGAGGACCCCCGGGCUGCUCCGCUCGCUGCCGCCGCCACCGCGCCCCGCUCGACUCCCCUCCUGCCUCUAGAAGGGCAGGGCUUAGCCAAGCCUUGGCGGGAAAAAGAAGCGAGGGGCGGAUCCUGCCGGAGUCGCAGUAUAAAAGGAGCUUUUCGGGGCGUUUUUUCUGACUCGCUGUAGUAAUUCCAGCGAGAGACAGAGGGAGCGAGCGGGCGGGCUGGGCGAGCUCUGUGCAGAGCCGCUCUCCGGGCGUCCUGGGAAGGCAGCUUGGGAGCGAGAGGGGCUUCGCUCGCCUCCGGGCCUGCCGCUCCCCCUGCCCCAGCCCUCCCGCGGUCGCAACCCUCGCCCCCUCUGGGAAACUUUGCCCAUUGCAGCGGGCGGACACUUUUGCACUGGGACUUACAGUCUGCGAGUGAGGACAGGACUCCCCAGGCGCCGGGGAGGAAAUUUUUGUCUAUUUGGGGACAGUGUUCUCUGCCUCUGCCCGCGAUCGGCUCCCCUGAAAGGAGCUCCUCGCGCUCUCUGAAGGCUGGAUAUCCUUGGGGCGGUGGAAAACCCGCAGACAGCCGCGACGAUGCCCCUCAACGUGAGCUUCUCCAACAGGAACUAUGACCUCGACUACGACUCGGUGCAGCCCUAUUUCAUCUGCGACGAGGAGGAGAAUUUCUAUCACCACCAGCAGCAGAGCGAGCUGCAGCCGCCCGCGCCCAGUGAGGAUAUCUGGAAGAAAUUUGAGCUGCUGCCCACCCCGCCCCUGUCCCCCAGCCGCCGCUCGGGGCUCUGCUCUCCAUCCUAUGUGACGGUCGCUGCGUCCUUCUCCCCGAGGGAGGACGACGACGGCGGCGGCGGCGGCGGCGGCGGCGGUGGCAACUUCUCCACCGCGGAUCAGCUGGAGAUGGUGACCGAGCUGCUGGGAGGAGACAUGGUGAGUCAGAGCUUCAUCUGCGACCCUGACGACGAGACCUUCAUCAAGAACAUCAUCAUCCAGGAUUGUAUGUGGAGCGGCUUCUCGGCCGCCGCCAAGCUGGUCUCCGAGAAGCUGGCUUCCUACCAGGCUGCGCGCAAAGACAGCGCCAGCCCGAGCCCCGCCCGCGGGCACGGAGGCUGCUCCUCCACCUCCAGCCUGUACCUGCAGGAUCUCACCGCCGCCGCGUCCGAGUGCAUCGACCCCUCUGUGGUCUUUCCCUACCCGCUCAGCGACAGCAGCUCGCCCAAGUCCUGUACCUCGUCCGACUCCACAGCCUUCUCUCCUUCCUCGGACUCGCUGCUGUCCUCGGAGUCCUCCCCUCGGGCCAGCCCGGAGCCCCUGGUGCUGCACGAGGAGACACCUCCCACUACCAGCAGCGACUCUG